ACAGAUUAACGUGAACACAUGUUGCAAAUUUGUUCCUCCGUAAAUUAUAAGUUAAUUUAACACUAUGGACAUCGCAUUAAAUAUCGCCCCGGCGCAUCCUCCUGCGCGAAAUAAAGUCGCUCCUCCUAAAAAGAAAAGCUUCUCUGCGAGCGCAUCUUCCAGCAAUGAUGGAGGAUUCGCAUUUACAUUUGGCGGUGCGCAGCAUAAAGUAAAAGCGAUUGUAGCUCGGAAACGACCCAUUAAGAAAUUAACGGCAGAAAAUGGAAAAGAUGCUACACAAAAUCCUUCAAUAAAAGUUAGUGAGUUGAAAAAUGGUGGCCAAAAGCAAGGAAGUUUUGAUAGGAUAAAUGCUUCAGAGGCAAAUACCGCGCAGAAUAAUCCGUUUAAAAAGGUUGUUAAGAAUUCUCCCAAUAUGGAUGGUGAACUUAUACUUAAUAUCGCAACCGAUUCUGCACCAAGUACGCGCCCCAAGCCCAAGCCCAAAAUUAGUCGUGCCGAGCGAAUGCGAAAUAAGGCAACGGAAGCCAAAGAAGGCAAAACAAACAAAUUUCCAAAUAAAAAAUCAAAUAAUUUUGCAAAAAGAUUGAAGGGACCGCAGAGCAAUAUAAACGAAAAAAGUGAGCAAACAGAUGAAAAUGCGCAACGAAAUGGUGUGAACGCAGCAGCGCGGAAAGCUAAUGCAUUCCGAGUAGUGCGUCCAGAAGAUAAGUCAGUUAAGAAGGUUGGGCUAUUUUCCAAAAGUCCUGAUACUCCUAUUUUGGGCCAACGAUUUGUAAAGCCAAUAGCAGAACGGCUUUUUGAUGGCACCAAAGUUGACACGCUUAAAAUUCAUCCACACACAGUGAAGAACUUGGCAGAUAUUCUUAGUAUUGUUGAAUUGACUACGGUGCAAAAGAAAACGAUUCCACUGGCUCUUGAAGGCAAAGACUUGCUUGUGCGUUCGCAAACGGGCUCUGGCAAAACUCUAGCUUAUGCGCUGCCCGUAGUCGAAAAGCUGCAGGAUGUGCGCCCAAAAAUUACACGCGACUCUGGCGUCUUAGGUGUGAUCAUUGUACCCACACGCGAAUUGGCCAUGCAAACCUAUGAACUUUUUCAAAAGCUAGUAAAACCAUUCACGUGGAUUGUACCCGGUGUAUUAAUGGGUGGUGAGCGGCGCAAGGCCGAAAAAGCGCGCAUACGGAAAGGCAUAAAUAUACUAGUUGGCACACCCGGACGUGUGCUCGAUCAUUUGCUGCACACCGAGACGUUUAAAGUGCACAAAACACAAUUUUUAGUGUUGGACGAAGCGGAUCGGUUGUUGGAAAUGGGUUAUGAGCGCGAUGUUAAGCAAAUUGUGGAAGCCAUUGAUACGCAACGAGCCAAGUCUGCCGAAGAUAGCACUGAGGUGACGCCACAUCUACAACGCUUGUUGUUAUCGGCAACACUAACAGCCAAUGUGCAGCGCUUGGCAGGACUCACAUUGAAAGAACCCAUUUUUAUUGACAACAGCGAUGAGGACGCCACGAAUGCUAUACCCAAAGCUAAUGGUUAUACAAAGAAUGAUAUCGAAGCGUUAACGGCAGAUAUAAUCGAUGAUGAGGAUGAAAUGGGUGUAAUGACUAUACCGGAAAACUUAAAAUUGAAUUUUGUAGUUGUGCCCCCAAAGCUCCGCUUGGUUACUUUGUGUGGCGUGCUCGCGCAUGAAUUGAGUCGCGAACAGCGUUUAAAAGCCAUAGUUUUCAUGAGUACAAUGGAGAUGGUAAAUUUCCAUCAUGAUUUGUUAAAUGAGUUGCUAACGGAAAAAGUGCUCGACGAAGACGACAACGAAGUCGUGCGGGAGGAAGAGGAUAGUGAAAAUGAUCAAGAAACGGCGCUGCUGAAAGGACUGCGAUUUUUUAAAUUGCAUGGUUCCAUGACACAGACUGAACGUCAAGGUGUGUUCAAUGGUUUUCGUGAAUGUAAAUCUGGCGUGCUGUUAACAACGGAUGUUGCAGGACGUGGCAUAGAUGUGCCUGCCGUUGAUAUUGUCAUUCAGUAUUCACCACCUCAAAAGAUUGCCGAUUUCGUGCACAGAGUAGGACGCACCGCACGUGCUGGUCAAAGCGGUCUUGCGCUAUUGUUUCUUGCACCAUCUGAGGCACAGUUCGUGCGUUUUCUAGAGGAUCAACGUAUCAGAAUAUCCCAGGUGGAUAUGGAGAGUUAUUUGAAAACUCUCAAUGAAAAGGAUGAUGAGGCAAACACAGUACAAGAAGCAGCAUCAAAUCUUCAGCACAAAUGUCAAGAACUCAUAGCUGAUGAUAAGGAAAUGCAUAGCAAGGCGUGUAAAGCUUUUGUUUCCUGGACCAAGUUCUACUCUACCUUCCCAAAAGAAUUAAAACCCAUAUUUAAUAUCAAAAACGCACAUAUGGGACACUUUGCGAAGAGCUUCGGUUUAAAGGAUCAGCCCAAAACAUUCACCAAAAAGCAUUCGGAACCCAAACCACCGCCGCCCACAAAUCGAUUGACCUACACAGAGAGGGAUCCUGAAAAAAUUAAAUUGGAGAAACGCGCCAAGAAGCGUCGCUUUGCCACCACUGUAACCAAUGAAGUGCGCAACAGCAAUAAAUUAGUGAAAAUGCUGCCAGCGUCCCGAGCACUCACCACCUCGGAAUUCGAUAGUGGAUUACCGGCGCAGAAGAAGCGAAAGAAAGCUUGAAAUAUUCACAUAGAUUUUUUUCUAUGUUGAUUGUUACAUUUUGUAAAAUGUGUCUUUUAAAUUUGGAACUAAUAUAGUGUAAGAAUUAAAGAUUUCUAAAAAAAUUA